CACCAAAGUGAUAAACUCCAAACAUACAAAUCGUCAGUUAAGAUUUUAUUGAAAAAGCAGCUAGGGCGUUUUAUCCAGCGACGCUGAAUAACUAAAACGAUAACAAUAGGAAUUCUAUCGAAGAAUUUAAUUUUUCCCGCAUCACUUAUUUAUCCUCACGGUCAUGUCCUUCCAAGAAGUCGGGGCGCAGUUCGUGCAACAUUAUUACGCCUUCUUUUCAACUCAGCGCGCCCAGCUCGCGGGUGUGUACCGCGCGAGUACCCUUCUCACAUGGCAAAGUGAGCAGCUGCAGGGCGUCGAGGCGAUCACGGCGAGGUUUGCCAACCUCGGCUUCACCGAAGCGCAAUUCAAGACGGAUAGCGUGGAUUGCCAGCCCUCUUUGUCGGGCGGUGUGCUAGUCGUCGUGAACGGCGAGGUCGCGCUCAAAGAUGAGCGGCAUCCGUUGAAGUUCAACGACGUCUUUCACCUCGCGCAGGAUAAUGGGCAGUGGUACGUGUCGAAUCAGAUUUUUAACAUCGUGGGUGGCGGUGGUCAGUAA